UCGCGAAGAACCCUACGAAUUUAGUUUUGCUAGGGUAGAGAGAUGAGGCCGCGAUGACGAUGGCGAGCGAUGUUACGCUCGUGCUACAAUCAGGUAAGUAGCAGCUCCAGGAAUUUCCAGUCGCGAUUCGCGAGCACAAGGGCCAAGAUUUCCAAGAAGAUCGACGUGGUUGAGACGAUCGGCCGCGUUCUCAGUGGGGGAUGGACGCCCGACACGGCGAAGAGGCUCGAGGGUCUAAAUGCUGGCCUUGUAGAGCCCCAGCAUGCCGUGGAGGUCGUGAAAUCCAUCAAAGAUCGCCGAGUAGCGCUCAAGUUCUUGAGCUGGGUGGAAGGCCAGCGCGGUUACUCUCAUUCCAGCGUCUCCCUCGAUGCCCAGAAGAGAGUCGUGAACCAGCUCGUUCAGCAGAUCCAGCAGCGCGGCCCGGGCUUCUUGGACGUGGACGAGGAAACUUUCAAGCUCGUUCUUCACAGCUUGGUGAGAGAUGGUCGAUCCAAGCUUUUGAUACCGGCUUGCGAGGCCAUGAUCGCGGCAAAGAAUGGUUUCAUGGCUGAGAAGGACGUCCACAACGUUCUUCUCGAGAUUCUCGUCGCGACGAACUCCACGGACAAGGCCUUGGACGCGUUCAAGACGAUGGUAGCAUCCAACUUUGCUCCUCGAUCCUCGACGACGCUGGAGAGUUUGAUCCAGCUCCUCGCAGCGAAGCCGGAGGAGCGUCUCGCAGAGAUCGAGAGCGUGCUAGACUGCCUGGGAUCCCAAAAGGUGGCCGUGGAGUCCAAGACUUGGUCUGCCGUCGUUGCAGCGUUUGGGAAAGCCGGAAAGGGAGUUCGCGUCUACGAGAUCUUGAAAAGAAUGAGCAAGGCCAAGUGUGCUAUAGGUGGUGACGCUUAUGACUUCGUCGUGCAAAGCUUGGCUAAAGCGGGGAUGCUGGCACAGGCACUGGAAGUCUUCGAGACGAUGAAGAGCGAGUCUUGCGUACCGUCACUCGUGACUUACAACGUCCUCAUCAACAGCCGCUGCAACGCUGGUGAGUUUGGAAAGGCUCUCGAUCUGUUCCAGAGUAUGAAACGCGAGAAGAGAGUGGAGCCGGAUAGAUGGACUUACAACACUCUCAUAUCCGGGCUUUGCAGCUCGGGGAACACCGAAGGAGCCAGGAAGCUUUUGUCCGAGAUGAGAGACAAGAACAUCGCGGCCAACGUCUUUACUUACAGCUCCAUCAUCAAGAGCCUGGUGAAGGAGGCAAAGCCCGAGGAGAGCUACAAAGUUUUGGAAGAGAUGAUGGCAGCCGGGUGUAACCCCGACGUGUUUGCCUUCAACGGCGUCAUGCAAGGCUUUGCGAGGUCCAACAACAUGGAGAAGGCGAGAGAAGUAUACCAACAUAUGGUGGAAAGCGGAUACAAGCCGGACAACGUCUCGUACCACAUUCUCAUCCACGGCCUCGCAAAGAUCGGCAAGCUUGACGAGUCCUUGAAGAUCCUGUCCGAGAUGGUGAUGAGAGGACAGACGCCGUCCAUGCAGGCGUACUCGAGCCUCGUUCGAGCGCUAGCCAAGGCACGGAGAGUCGACCACGCAAGCAGCCUGUUCGACGAGAUGAUUCGAGGCGGCCACCACCCGGACAGACUUAUGUUCUACGAGCUUAUACUCGGCCUCUGCCAAGCGGGGAAGGUGAAAGAUGCCUCGGAACGCUUCAAGCAGAUGCCCAAGCACGGCUGCCAACCAAACGUCCCCCCGGACGUGGUGACUUACAACACGCUGCUCGACGCGGUAUGCAAAGCCAGAAGGGUGGAAGAAGGCUGCAAGCUCUUCGAGGCGAUGCGAGCUGCUGGCUACGUCCCAAACGUGAUCACUUUCAGCACGCUCAUCCACGGGCUGUGCCGGACGGGGGAACUGGAGAAGGCCUUGGAAGUCUUCGGCAGCAUGCUCGAGGCCGGAUGCAAGCCAAACAAGUACACUUACACGACUCUCAUCGCGGGGCUUUGCCGGGCCGAGAAGGUGAUCCAAGCCAGGGAGCUCUUCGAGAAGAUGACUCAAGCGUGCAUUCCCCCGGACGCGGUGGCCUACAACUCGCUCAUCGCCGGCUACUGCAAGAGGGGCAGCAUGGACGAGGCCGAAAAGCUCUACAGGGAGAUGUCCGGCGGCGCAGGCUUGCAGCCAACGAUUGUGACUUUCAACACGCUCAUCGACGGGUUUUGCAAGCUGGGGAAGCUGGGCCGAGCGAACGAGCUCGUCGCGGAGAUGGGAACCAAAGGUCUCGCGGCCGAUACUUGCACGUAUCGCAUCCUCAUCGCGGGACUGUCUCGAGCGACGAAGCUGGACGAAGCUCUGGAGGUUUACAAGCAGAUGAGGGAGAAGAAGUUCUUGCUGGAUCCCGUGAGCUGCGUGAGCUUCGUUGGAGGGCUUUGCAAGACGGGAAACAUCGACCAGGCUUAUGCGGUGUUUGAGGCGACGAGGAAGAGCGGCGCGGUGCCAAACCCGGAGACGUUUAGGAUCCUUUCCGAGAGCUUGAUCAAGCUCGGCAGGGUUGAGGAUGCGCAAAAGCUGAUGGAGCCGGCCAAGGCCAGAGACAUCACAGCACAAUAACAAUAAAAAAAGACACUUCAGUUGAGAAGUAGAAAUAUAAGUAAUUGAGCAGGAUCUAAUCUUUAUUCUCAAUUUCACAACUUGUUAAGAGUGCA